AUGUCGACCUCUGGUCCCAUAACUAAUUAUUAUGUGGACUCACUGAUCAACCACGAGAAUGAGGACGUUCUCGCAGCCAGUCGGUUUUCUGCGGCUGGAACUCAUGGCUCUCGCCCGACGCCCCUAGUCCCGGAGUGCGGCGACUACCCGUCCUGCAGCUUCGCCCCGAAACCAGGCGUCUUCUCCAGCACAUGGGCUCCCGUGCACUCGCAGUCCUCGGUCGUGUACCAUCCUUACAGCCACCAGCCGCACUUAAACACAGACUCGCGGUACAUGCGCUCAUGGCUGGAGCCCAUCUCUGGGGCUGUGCCUUUCCACGGAUAUGCAGGAAACAGCAGGCACUUUCAAGAGCACAGAGCCGGGGACUGCCUCGGCUCCAGCGGAAGGACCUUCACGGAUUAUCUGUACUGUUCUCCCACUGACAUACGAGACAAGAGCCAAGCCAAUGUGAUGACUAUCCUGUUUGUGUCACCAGGAAGACGAAACGGGAGGCAAACCUACAGUCGUUACCAAACUCUGGAGCUGGAGAAGGAGUUUCUGUUCAACCCUUACCUGACGCGCAAACGACGCAUCGAGGUGUCCCAUGCCCUCAGCCUCACCGAGCGCCAGGUCAAGAUCUGGUUCCAGAACAGGAGGAUGAAGUGGAAAAAAGAGAACAACAAAGACAAGUUCCCAGGCCAGAGAGGAGAAGCUGAAGCCGAGGCUGAAGCUGAAGAGGAGGGCAACGAGGACGGUGAAGGGGAAGAAACUGAGGAGAAAGAAGCGGAAGAAAAGGAAGAGGCCAAGGAAUGA